AUGGCCGAUCUCGCCUCCAUGAAUACGGCCAUUACUGAGUGGAUGGGCGCAUUAAUAUUUAAUGGGGCGAAACAGAUGCCACUACCUCUCAAUAACGACAAACACCAUCACAACAACGGCUACCUCUCAAAAGUCACUACACCAUCACGGCAACCACUACCUCUCAAUAACGCCCUCCACCAUCACGCCAGCCACUACCUCUCAAAAGCGACCUCCACCAUUACGACAGCCACUCCCUCUCAAAAGCGCCCUCCACCAUUACGACAGCCACUCCCUCUCAAAAGCGCCCUCCCCCAUUACGACAGCCACUACCUCUCAAAAGCCACUCCACCACCCCGACAACCACUACCUCUCAAUAAAGACCUCCACCAUCACGACAGCCACUACCUCUCAAAAGCGACCUCCCCCAUUACGACAGCCACUACCUCUCAAAAGCCACUCCACCACCCCGACAACCACUACCUCUCAAAAACGACAAACACCAUCACAACAACGGCUACCUCUCAAAAGUCACUACACCAUCACGACAACCACUUCCUCUCAAUAACGACCUCCACCAUCACGUCAGCCACUACCUCUCAAAAGCGACCUCCACCAUUACGACAGCCACUCCCUCUCAAAAGCGCCCUCCACCAUUACGACAGCCACUACCUCUCAAAAGCGACCUCCACCAUCACGACAGCCACUACCUCUCAAAAGCGACCUCCACCAUUACGACAGCCACUACCUCUCAAAAGCCACCCACCCCAUCACGACAACCACCACCUCUCAAUAAAGACCUCCACCAUCCUUUAUCAUCACAACAACCAAAACCUCUCAAAAGCGACCUCCACCAUCACGACAACCAUUACCUCUCAAAAGCCACUCCCCCAUCACGAAAACCACUACCUCUCAAAAGCGACCUCCACCAUCACGACAACCACUACCACUCAAAAGCCACUCCACCAUCACGGCAACCACUACCUCUCAAAAGCUACUCCACCAUCACGAAAACCACUACCUCUCAAAAGCCACCCACACCAUCACGACAACCACCACCUCUCAAUAAAGACCUCCACCAUCACGACAACCACUACCUCUCAAAAGCCACCCUCACCAUCACGACAACCACUACCACUCAAAAGCUACUCCACCAUCACAACAACCAUUACCUCUCAAAAGCGACCUCCACCAUCACGACAACCGAUACCUCUCAAUAACGACCUCCGCCAUCACGAAAACUGCUGCCUCUCAAUAACGACCUCCACCAUCACGAAAACCACUACCUCUCAAAAGCCACUCCACCAUCACGACAACCACUACCACUCAAUAAAGACCUCCACCAUCACGACAGCCACUACCUCUCAAAAGCGACCUCCACCAUCACGACAGCCACUACCUCUCAAAAGCCACCCGCACUAUCACGACAACUUCUACCUGUCAAUGGGAACCACUACCAUGAGGUCAUUCUGUCAGAAGUGA